UUUAAAACUCUCUUAUUUCAAUUUCUACGAAACGGUGUGAAACUACCCUUAUUAUUGUACACGUCUCCUGUGUUCAGUCAUUUGAAGACACAGUCAUAGCUACACUGUUUACAUUACGGUAUCUAUACAUAUAGGCACUAUACUCGUCUGGCACUAGUAUGUACAGUACGCGUCUGGGGAGGAGGGGGGUCCUCAUAACACUCAGGGGGAAGUCCCAGAUCAGGCGCUGAGUUCAUAUCCAAAUGAGAUGCCAUAGCUGAAAUACAGUCCUCUCUCGCACUCAGUCAUCAAGUCAAGGAUUCUCCCACCACUCGCUCAUCUUGCUGGCGUGAGGGCUGUCAGGGCUGAUGGGUAAACGCUGCGCCGAGGAUCACUACUGGGACAACUUGGUCAAGGACUGUAUAAACUGUCAAAUCAUAUGUCAUCCCGGACCGGUCUACGGUAAAUGCGCCAGUUACUGCGAAGCUGCGAGUUGCAAGGCUCUCCAUGGCCACUACUACGACAUACUGCUGAAGAAAUGCGUUAAGUGUGCAGAGAUUUGUGGCAGGCAUCCAGCAGAAUGCUCCCAGCACUGCCAGAGUCCGCCAACUCCGAUGAUCACCGUGAAGCCCCAGACCCCUCCAGCUACCACACACGUGCCGAUCUCCAGAAGGCCCGUAGUCCUGGAAGACUCUGCCAUCCUGAUUUACUCCCUCCUGGCAAUGUGCAUAGUGCUGCUGUUUUGUAGCUUGUCUCUGGCGCUGGCGGUCCUCCUGAAGAGACGCAAGGACAAAACCUCGGACCAAGGACGCAAGAAAGGCGCUAACCGCAGGGAGAGUGGCGUGGCCCACUCAGGACAGGACGUUGAAAUGCUAAGUAGCCAGCAAGGUAGCAGCUCCAAAGUUUUCUUGACGAACUGCCCCAAUUACCGCGAGGCAUCAGAUGACGCCACCCCGACAGAGACCUGCGUGUGUGUCCACUGUUUCCCUGACCUGAAAGCACUAGGUCAUAGCAGCGACAGGCCACUGAGAGAACCCUACUCAUUCUAUCAGCAGACGGUCCUCCAUCGAGCCCAGAUCCAAAACGGGGAUCCCCUCUGGACUGAGGAGAACCUCCACAACUCCGGCGCGGAGGUCCGGGCCGAGGCAGCGGUGGGAUGAGGUCCGUUAGCUCUCUCAGUGUCUCUCAGGAAAACUGGAAUCGGAAUAGAUGUUCACCCGACGCGCCCGAGAGGGUUAUCAAUCCUUUUUCAAGAUGAAUGUGGAAUACUAUUUACAAAAGCAACAUAAAAUUACCUGCUUGGCUUGUGAAGUUGUGUAAACGUGGGGUUAAAAAGGUUGUAUGCUUAUUUGCAAUGCCCAACAACAACUCGGUAACGGCAACACUGAAUGCAUCAUCGAAAAUUUGUCAAGAAAAGAAUAAGCAAAUGCAAAAAAAAAAAAAAGCAUACUAGGAUGUGUUUCCUUCAGAAACCUGUUGGGAAAAAUUGUCAUUUGGUUGAUUAAUGUUCUAUCUGUAGGGAUGUAAAGGAAUGAUUAAGUUUAACUCUUUGUAUGUAGUGUGGGCUCUUCUCAUUUCUCUAUUUUGUGCUGCCUUGUCUUCUCUCUCCUCGAUCGUCUUGCCUGUGAACUGGGGAGUAGCCUCGGCGCGCCAUCUUGAAUGAUGUCUUCAUGAUGUCACCAAGAUGGAUUGUGAGGAACCAGGUGAGCGUCGUCUUGCCAGAGGAGCUCUUAGUGAGGAUGCACACGCAUCUGUGGCUGAAGUCUUUUCGGCACCUUUGAGCAUGAAACAGGCACGACACAGCUGGAGCAUGAUGCCAUCUGGUGGACAGAUUUGAUAGUUCAUCUAGCAGAUUGGUACAUACGUCAGUCGGCUGCCCAGUACUGUGUCGGUUUGUAGACCGUUUUGCACUGCCUCAAAAGCUCUAGUGUGUCAAGGCUUGGGCAUGGGGGGGGGACUGUCCCGUGGGUUCUGACACUGGGAUGUAGACAGCGGACCAUUUGGGCCCUGUGGGUUGUUGGAAGAGACCUGCGACAGCCUGGCUUGUACGAACGCUCGAUAAACCACUACCACUUCUGAGCUUUUUGCUGUUGCGUUUGCUGCCCUAUCCUCGGAAGAACACGCCGUCCAGGAAUGCCACUGAAAAGCGAGGCGUGUGCCUGGUCUGCAGCAGUGUUCAGCCAGACUUCAGUGGGGUUCAUGUCAAAUUAACAUCCAAAUGGACACCAGGACCUAAUUAUUCAUUUCACUGGUCAGUUGGUUUUCAAGUGGUCCCCCUCCUAAUAAAAGAGCGGGCAGAUGCUGCGGCUGUGCCGCAGUUCAAAUCAUACGACACCCCUUUCAAAGGAUGAAUCAAGUGCAAGGACGCCUCGUUUUGUUCGAUUCCUUUUUCCUCACGCGUCUCCCUCACGUCUUCCAUUCGCAUCUCAGGUGGGAGGAACUUACCACUAAGUAACCAAGGGUGCACAAACUGAGAAAUGAGAAGUAUGACUGAAAAUAUGUUCAUAUAUGUGGAUAAUAUUCUGAAUGAGCACUGGGAACAGCUUAUACGACAGCAGCGUUAGGGCAAUGCGACGAAGCAGCGACGACUAACGGAUGCUGUUCACAUUUCUUCUUACUGAGCCUAUACGUGAUGUGAUUGGAUUUCCUGCUCUGAUGUUUCUGUUUCAUGACAGUGUGAAUGUAAUUAAAGUACCAAGCAACAUGCAAACCGAGCGAGCACAGGCCUUAUAAAUGUCUGCUUUACUGCCUCCGACACAGAAACCGAAGAGUGUGUCAUAAGGACUCGGGAGUGCCAUGCAAAUGACGGCCCGAUGCGAAAGUACAGGUUAUGAUUCAUCUCGGCUCAUCACACCAUAUUACGUUGAAGCCAGAUUCAGAAAGCUACGUGAAGCAGCCCAAGGUCAAAUGGGGAAAAGAAAAAAAAAAAAAAACAUUCCUCCGAUUAAAAAAAAAAAAGUACUCCGCCUUUCAUUGCACCGUUUCUUUGACCGUUUUGAACUUCGAGAAGUCCUCCCAGAAGUGCGAUCAUGAACCUGAAAUCAAAAGUAGUCUGAUGUUCAUGGACUUUUUUCCCCCCCAAAAGAAGAAUAGAGCUGAUGUAACUUACCACGCACGAAUUAUGAGUUCAACGUGGCGAAUUCAACAAAUCCUCCGCUUUAAAAUUAGACGAAUUCAGUCUGGACGUGGAGUUACUUUGUAGCGUAGCACUAAAUGCUGUUGCUACGGUUACCUGGAGUUUGACAAAAGGCUCACAAUCAGCAACAUCAAGCUCGAACAUCCGCGACCGAAGCGCAUUCAUGAUAACGAACAAAAAAAAAACAACUUAAAACUAAGAACAACGUGAUGUAUUGCGUGACAGGAAAAGAAUAAAAACGGCCCAGCCUGGGUUACAGAUAUAGAUUUUCUUUUUAUUUGAGUGUCUUUCCAUCACUGUGUCCAGUUCUUGCAGCAGUUACAUGUGUGUGCGAGGAAUGACUGACCGGCUCAAGACAAGAUUCUUCUGAUUACGACCCUCGUGGCUGGAUCCAGCAAUAUAGAAGAACAAAUCAACUUUUGAGGUUUCACCAUUUGUCUCUUACAUACAAACUGUACAUAUACUUUUACAUACAUCGUCAACAUGUGGAAAAAAAUCCUAUCGAUCUGUGAUACCCAGCUCAGACGGCAUGCUGAAUGCAAGUACUGAUUCAGUACACGAACAUACAGUACAUACGCACGCGCACGGCACACGUGCAUACAAACAGGAACACAUACGCACCUUUUUUUUUUUUGUCUCUUUACACGCAGUAACACGUUUUAUACAAACACACCUAUACUGAAUCCCCCCUUCCCCCCCACCCUCCCCCCCUCAACUCCCCUUUCUUGGGCAAAUACACGUGCACACACACACACGCACACGCACGCACGCACACACAAACACAUCGAAUUAGAGUGACAUGCAGCCGACAGUUAACACUGCAGGAUUGAGCUUCUGAUCAAUUAUACAAACUCCGUUCUCACCUCUUUUAUCCCCCCCUCCCUCCCGCCCGCCCGCCCGCCCCGCGUCCGGUUCUUUUUUUUUUUCUUUCUUUUUUUUUUUUUUUGCCAUUUACCUGAAACAGCGUCACGACAACGUAUGUUUAACGUGGAGAAUGUGUGAAAGGUCAAAUUAAUCCGAGA